CGCCGAUCCAUUAACCCGCUGUUACUACCAAACCACUCCCCAUCAAAACCACUCAAAGCUGAGCAAAAAGUGCUACCAACCCCAGAAAGGCCGAGAAACCCCACUCGGGGGACGGAUCCUGUACCCCAGCCUAAAGAUAAAAAUGGCUUCUUCCAGCUCGGUUACAAUUCAGAUAGAGCCUAGCAUGGAAAGUGAUUCAGGGGAUGCUUCGGUUGCCGAGCUUCAAGAAACUGAAGAAAGUGUCAUCCAUUAUCCGGAAGAUCUACCGGUAGGUUUUAUUUAAUUCACAGUUUAUUUAUCAUUUCCCCCUAGGCAGGCAGAGCAAUGUUAGGGACACUCUCCAAUUGCACUCUCCAACCAACACUUUCAUUUUUAUU